UCAAAAGAGCUCUUCACAUGUCUUUGUUUGUAGUGAAUAGAUAAAGCAUUUUUGCUCUCCUGUUACAGUUGGUCCUAACACCAAACUACUCACGGGCUCAUUAUAUGCACACACAGUAUAUUUUUCUAGAUCUAUGGAAUAAUUCGACAUUACAUAUGCUUUUCAUGAUGGUGGAGUACUAAGUACUAGCUAAUAGAUGCUUUUUGUGGAAGCUUCUUCCUGCUCCUCCCAUGUCCGCUCCCAUGGCUCCCAUCAUCAUUCUUGUUUUUCUGGCAACUUUGUUUGCUCUCCCACUUUCUCUAAUUGCUCGACCAGCAACCAAUCCAACCUCCCGGAUCUCUGUUGUUGGUGUUGUCUACUGUGAUACCUGUUCAACCAACACUUUCUCCAGGCACAGCUACUUCUUGCCAGGUGCGGAUGUCCACAUUCAAUGUAUAUUCAACGCAAACUCACCAAAAACGAGAGAGAAGAUUGAGUUCUCUGUUAACAGAACAACAGAUAGAUAUGGAAUAUAUAAGCUGGAAGUACCAGAGGUUGAUGGUGUUGACUGUGAGGAGGGCUUCGCGAUUGAAUCAGUAUGCCAAGCAAGUUUAAUAGGGAGCUCGUCUCCAGUCUGCAACGUUCCUGGUUUAAAGAUCUCAACAAACGAGAUAUCAGUCAAGUCAAAGCAGAAUAAUCUCUGUAUUUACAGCUUGAAUGCUUUGAGUUACAGGCCAUCCAAAAAAAAUAUUACCUUGUGUGGGAGUCAUAAAGAAGAGUUGCCAAAUUCUCUCAACUCUUCAAAGUUUUUUCUCCCUUACUUCCCACCCUAUGGGUUCCCAUGGCCUCCUUUGCCUAAUUUGCCUCCUUUGCCUAAUUUCCCCCCGUUGCCCUUCCCUCCCUUGCCACCCUUUCCUUCCCUUCCCUUCCCUCCACUUCCAUCACUACCCUUCCCUCCAUUGCCACCAAUUCCUUUUCUGCCCUUUCCUCGCUUACCAUUUCCAAGCCCACCCUCUUUGCCCUUCCCAUUUCCCCCCCUCCCCCCCCUCCCCCCCUUUCCACCAGCCCCAUCUCUGUUCCAUCCACCACCUCCACCAGCAUUUAAUCUAGGAGAUCCAAGAACAUGGAUACCGAAUAUCCCUUCAUUAGCACCUCCACCUCCGCCUGCAUUUAAUCUAAGAGAUCCUAAAACUUGGAUACCAUAUAUCCCUCCAUCCCCUCCCAGUAGCCCUCAGAACCAAAAUCCAUGAUAGUUUACUCCAGUUAUCUCCAAAUGAUUAUGUUUCACAUGUUAUAUUUCAUAAUUAUAUGAAGCUUCUAUGUACGAUAAAAAACAGACGAGCAAAGAAAUACAAUGUAAUCCAUUAAUCCCUUAAUAAUUAAGAUAAUCACAUCUAUUA